CAACGGUCGCUGGGGUCCUUAGCUCAUUUGGAUUGUGUCAGAGUUGGUAUUGGCUAUGCAUACUAGUUCAAUUCAAUGCAACAACGCUUGCGAUAGCACAACCAAAGUUUGCAACACAGUUACAUAGUACGGUUAAGCGCACAGUCACCCACGCACUUUUAACGUGAAUUGUUGAACGUGUUUUAAUAGUACAUUUGCUACUGUACAGCGGACUGUACCGAACUUACACAACAACUAAGUCCUUGCGCCAAGUCUUGUUUAAUAAUCAAUUGUGUUCGAUUGUUAUCCUCGUCCUCCUGCUAAUGUAGUGCUGUCACGAAGCGUUCCUUCUGCCCUCCGAACAAUUAAAAUCGCACGCAAGUUUUUUUUUUGUACAGGGUGUGCGCAUAGGUUUGGCGUUCCUGCCACAGGUUAGGUUUAGGUCCCGAAACGUCUAGCCACGCGCGCGGACACAGGAAUCCAAUGUUCCACGGAGUUCGCGUUUAUUAGCCAUCGGUCGUCCCUAACACUGCCGAGUCUCGAGUUGGUGCGGGUUGUUAUUUCGCCAAGAAGUCAAGGGAACGUUACCUUUACAACUAAAAAACACUCAUCGGCAACCUCACCUAUGGCUUUGGAAUCGACGAAAGCCGAAGCCGCGACAGUUCGUCUGGUGGAGACCUCCGCCUGCCCCAGUGGGGUGCGGCUCGUGAGCCCGUACCACACAAACCGCUCGGGGGACCCCAUGGACCUCGUCGCCCUGGCGCAGCAGGUGCAGAAGGCUGACGAGUUCAUCCGCGCGAACGCUUGCAACAAGCUGUCGGUGAUCGCCGACACCAUCCGGUACCUCCAGGAGCAGGCGCGCACGGUGCUGGAGGAGACGGUGCGCGACGCCGAUCUGCACCGCGCCGCCUGCAACGUCGUCAAGAAACCGGGCAACACCUACUUCCUGUACCAGCGUGACAGCGGGCAGCAGUACUUCUCUAUCCUCUCCCCUCAGGACUGGGGAUCGCGCUGCCCGAACGACUUCCUGGGAGCGUUCAAACUGCAGGCGGACAUGUCGUGGACACCGGCCGACGAGGCCGAAGAGAAGGAGGGGAAACUCUCGUCGCUCAGGCAGCUCGUGGCCCACACGAUUGCCGAACCCUCGGUUCUCUCACUGGCGACAUCGUCGCUUCCGCUGCCACUCAAGUCUCUGCAGUCCCCGGGCGACGAGGACCCGCUCGGGAUCUCCUCGGCAGAGUUGCCCAGAGGACCUGGAGGUGUCCCUUGUGUGGGGCUGCCCUUGGAGAAAGGUGCCUGCUUGGACUGAAGCAGGGGUCAGCAACCUGCGCCUUCGGAGCCGCAUGCGGCUGUUUGGCUGCCCCCUUUUGCGGCUCUUUGGCUUGCCCCCUUGGCGGGCAGCAAUUAAAAAUUUUAAUCUUAAACGUAAUUUAACAUUAGAUAAUUUAUUAAAUAUGGCAGAGUAAUGGGCCACCACUAUGCAAUGUGACCCGUUCCAUAGUACUGAACCUCUACUAACAUUUGCUGCUUCAUUGGGCCUAUAUGGGAAAAAAGAAGUGUGGACCGAAAGCUUUCCCACACCAUGCUAGCCAGCGGGGGGGGGGGGGGGGGAGUGUUUGACCGCCCUGAAGGCUGCUUGUCAGUGUCGCUUGGCGAAGGCGGACCUGGCCUAGGAACGGUUCGGCUAUCACUUCGCACCGACAUUAGCCACGGCUAAUAGACGCAGUGCACUGUCAGCACUGCGCCAUCGCUCGCUCCCCCACUGCCAGUGCAUGCGGUGUACCGAGAUAAUGUUGUGCAUGUACUUGAAAGAAGUGUUAAACUGUGUGUCGUGCAUCAUAGUACCUGCAGACAAUGCAGCGUCAAUAAUAUGCGGCACAUUACACAGGCAAUCUUCCUACAAUCAAAUGACAGUAGAUCAUAGAUUAUCCGAGGUGUGAUUGUCCGGCCCCUAACAUUAUUCAGCGGUCCCGGGUCGAUCUGGCAAAACUGGAAAAAAAUGCUCCCAAGACUGCCACUCGUCCAGCGAUCGGCCCCAUGUACAUGACGAAAAAAGUAGCCAUGCUCGAUUUCAGUGUCCAAUAAAAUAUACGGUACAUUAUACACUGCGUACAACAACUUGAGCGAUAAAAAUGCUGCACCUACGUACAUUGCUCAUGACGAAAAACUAAUAAAAAUGGAAGAUUCACGCGGUGCGAACUGACGAAAAGUGCUUUGUGUAAUUCGGUGUUCGCCGGAGAGGUCAGAAGGCUGCAUCGUCGGUGUCGGACUGUUGAUCUGCUACGAUUCGAGAGCCCCAUCACAAACAUCAAAUAAAUACCUUUUG